UUUCUAUUCACGUGACUCACAGACACCAGCGAACCUUUAAAGAAUUCAAUUGUUGGAUGACUAUAUCACCAGCUUUCAUCCCUGAAAUCUUCAUUAUUCAAUGGUGACUAUUAGAAUAACAAAUAGGAUAUCAAAGUAGGGUUUGUGAGGGUAUCAAACGGAUUAAGAUACACAUUGUUGAAAAGAAGGCCACCGGGAUUGUUCGGGCAUAUUCUUGUUACAAGUGGAGUUGGCUUCCUUACAUGCCAAUGUGUUUUACAGUGUGCAAAGUGGUAUGCCACUGGGGUUUGUGCAUCCAGGAAUCUGACAUUUGAUCAUACAUAAACUCUGCUGUUGCCAUCGGGAGCCUUGCUUUCUAAUGAUGGAAGAUUUUUGGGACCGAACAGAACAGAGCAAUGGAGAGUCAGCCGCAUCCUUCGUUAGACUGCGCAGAGCUUGGCGGUGACUGUAAAAUAUUGGGAUGUAAUGAAUGGAUCAUUUUUUAAAAUGGCAAGUUGGACAAAAACGAUAGAAGUCACAUAGGGUCCCCUGGAAGAGAAGAGAAGACGUCGAUGUGAUUGCCAAGCAGUUUGUACUGUAUCCUCUGGCAGAGCCACUCAUCUAGUAUCUGGUUAUUUGAUCCUGGGUCCUGUUGUUCUGCUUUGGAUUAACUGGAGCCAUGGACAUGGCCCUGGUAGACUUUGGGAGCCUAGAUGACCUUGACAUUGGCCUUGAGGAUGAGGACACUUACACGGAUGAGACCACAGCUCUUACUGUGGACAUACAAGCCCCAGAUCAUGAAAUGCAAGGUGGCACCUACCGACUGCGAGCGCCACAGAUUGCCGCAUGCACACCAUCCCAACCCAGUCCUGUUCCAUCGUGCAUGUGGGAAUCCACAUCCACAACACCACUGCCAUUUAUACAAACGUUGGAGGUGCCCCAUUCCCCAAUGCUCACUCCAAGCCUAGGUGGCAGAAGUAGUCGCUCUAGUAUGAUCUCCAAUUGGAAGCUGCUCCUAAGUAGUGAGUGCACAAAAGAAAGUGAGGCAAUCUUUAGCCAACUUGCUAAAGAGUGUUGCGAAGACAUUUUCGUCGAUAAAAGAGGGCUGGAUGAUGGAGACCAAAAAGUCAUUAUUAACAUCGCCGGUCUUCGCUUUGAAACUCAGCUCAAAACAUUGGACCAAUUUCCAGAUACACUGCUGGGAGACCCUCAGAAGAGGAUGGACUAUUUUGAUCCAAUGAGGAACGAAUAUUUCUUUGAUCGGAAUCGACCUAGCUUUGACGGGAUUUUGUAUUACUACCAGUCUGGGGGCAAAGUCAGGCGUCCAGCCAAUGUUCCUCUGGAUGUGUUUGCUGAUGAAAUAUUGUUUUACGAGCUUGGAAGUGAAGCCAUGGAGCAAUUUCGAGAUGAAGAAGGAUUUCUUAGGGAUGUUGACAUACCCCUCCCUAAUAAUGACAUUUCCAGACAAUUCUGGCUGCUAUUUGAGUAUCCAGAAAGCUCCAAUGCUGCUCGGUGUGUUGCACUGGUGUCCGUGCUUGUCAUAGUCAUAUCCAUCCUUAUUUUCUGCAUUGAAACACUACCGAUAUUUAGAGAUGACACUGACAUUGUUGUGCCCAUGACCAUAAAGCCUCUCAACUUAUCAAGAGCUUACACUUCUGCAGCACCACCUGGUGUAAUGCCCAUCGUUUUCUCUGAUCCCUUUUUUGUUGUUGAGACUGCCUGCAUUGGCUGGUUCUUUUUUGAGCUAUGUAUCAGAUUUUUGGUCUGCCCAAGCAAAAGAGAUUUUUUCCACAAUCUUAUGAACAUUAUUGAUAUCAUAUCCAUUAUCCCUUAUUUUGUCACUGUGGUGACGGAACUAAUCACAAAGCCUGAAGAGAGUUCUGGACAGAAUAUGUCUUUGGCCAUUCUACGGAUUAUACGCCUGGUCAGGGUGUUUCGUAUUUUCAAACUCUCGCGCCACUCCAAGGGGCUGCAAAUCCUGGGACAGACUCUUAAAGCCAGUAUGCGAGAACUUGGCCUACUCAUCUUCUUCCUUUUCAUUGGAGUUAUCCUUUUCUCCAGCGCUAUCUACUUCGCUGAGGUAGACGAGCCUAAUACACAGUUUGUUAGUAUUCCUGACGGUUUCUGGUGGGCAGUGGUGACCAUGACAACAGUAGGCUAUGGGGACAUGUGCCCCAUCACUUUAGGCGGCAAAAUGGUUGGGACAUUGUGCGCCAUUGCAGGUGUACUGACCAUUGCGCUACCCGUUCCUGUUAUUGUCUCCAAUUUUAACUACUUCUAUCACAGAGAGAAUGAAGCUGAGGACAAGCUGUCCUUGGAAAAUGCUGUUGAGCGAGCCAUGAUGAUGGACAUGGGUAUAAAACAAAGGAGCAGCACCUCACUAAAUAAAGCCAAUGGUAUUUGACAGAGGAAUAUAUUGUAACUAAGACUAUUUAUUUUGAAAUGUCUUGAAUACACACACUUGCCGGUAUUUUACAUGAAAAGGGGAGCAAGAGAGAAAGUGCUACGGAUAUACUGUAUUUAACCCUUUAAAACCUAAGCCUAUUUUGGCCGAAUUUGCUUGGCUUUGAUGUUGCCUUUAUAUUUCAAAGAAAAAAUUGUUCACAAAGGACAGGUUGGGUCCCUUUUUUCAGGACACCAUAACCUCCAUGUCCAAUCUGUUGUUUUCUUCACUGACCAAUAAUAAUCAACAUUUUGGACCCAAAAAGACAAAAAAAUCCCAAAAUAUUUUUUCAAAAUCUGUCAUGUUGAUGUCCCAUUGACAACCAAACAUGCUCGACCAACCGUUUUGAAGCUUGAUAAUAUUUAUUCAACUUGUUAGCAUAAACAUUCAAUAGAAAAAUUAAGACUGAAUAGUUUUAUGUUUGACAAUUCAACACAAACAGCAGGUAUGGUCAUAGGCGUUUUUGGCCUUUACACAUACUAUGGUCAAAACAGGUUAUAUACAGUGCAAAAUAGUGAGAUUUUUUUCUUUUUUAAUAUAAAUAUAUAUACAUCAUCUAACACAAAAAGGGUUUAGAGGAUAUCUCUUUGUGAGGUUAGGUAUUCUACCCAUCACCUUAUCAAAGUAUAUACAUGCAAUCAAGCUUCUCGAACACACACAUCUAUAUACAAACUGAAAAGAUUGAUAAUGAAGGAAAAAUCAAAUAUAACCUUGAAAAAAAGUAUUUUAAAAAAUAAUGAAAAGUAGUUCAGUUCCAUUUUUUCAGGCAAGCGACUCAAUGAAGAAUUUUUUUUUUUUUCCAACUCAAUAAAGUUUCCUCUUGAACAGGACACGGAGCUGCGUCACACAUGUCGCAAAGCCCACUCUUCCGCCGCUUGCGCACUGUUACUUCUACUCGCCGAGACACCGACUCAUCCGAGGAAAACAACGACAAAAACGUCUCAUCCUCUUCCUUGAGUUAAUGAAAUAAUGCAUUAGCUUGCGCUAAAUUUAGUUUGCGAUACAGUCCGCACGUUUAAAAGUCGCUCGCUCAAUCCAACCGGCCGGGGCUCGCUUCGCAUGCCUCGAUUUCCUUAGGUGGCGCCUCGCUCGGCAAUUUAUUAAAAAUGUUCACAAUAGGUUCGCCGUUCUUGACCUCACAACGGCUCUUGAGAUAUGUACUGUAGUCUUUCUUGCUGCUUUCAGUUUUGAAAAAGGACAAGAAAUGAUGAAAAAAUGGAGAUAAAUACAUGGCCCAUGCAGCGUUUUAAUGCUUAUUCAUGAGUGCAAUAAAACUAUAAAACUCAAAUGACAUUAUCUCCCGUUUUACUUGAUCGAUUGACUUCAAAUAAAAACUGGUGUGGACAUCAACUUCCGCGCUUUCAAAUGAGAGGAACCAGCAGCACGUUUACAGCGUGAUGAGACUUCAAAGAUGAUAUGCGCAAACACGUCGCCGCCGACACGUUCGGUGUUAAAGGGUUAAAUAUAGUAAUAUAGCAUACUGCAUCAACUAAAUAAUGAUUGGACUAAAUAACUUUCCAUCAUCCAGUGUCAUCUUUGUUUUAAUAUCCUAUCAUUAGUUCUGAUGUUACUUUACUUUACUUUCUCUAGAUCAAGCCGCAUAAUGAAAUAGAAAUGACCAAAUUGUCCUCUUUGGUGUUGAAAACAAGGUACAAUGAAUGACACACUAUGAUUUGAGAAUAAAUUGGGUGAAAAUGCUACUCUUACCUUAGAACGCCCACACAAAUAACUACAAAGUAGUGUUUUUCCUUCCACUGUUGCAGUGCAGCGUGCUCCUCCUCACUUCAUACAGCAAAUAUGUUAAAUCAUGCUUUUAUUAUAUGACGAUGAAGUCUUAUAUCUGUAGUGUUAAAUUUUGUUGAUUUUCUGUUGCUACAAAUAUACAGUACAUUAUAUCUAGCAGGUAGAAUUACAGCCGAGACAAGUCAAUGUCAUGUACAAAAAUGAAUAAAUCAUUUCAAAGAAUUCAAUAAAUUAAU